AUGUCACAGAAGCGGAUUCAUUAUCACAGCCUUAUACCCAAUACGCGACUCGACUCGCGGCUACUGUUGAAGUCGUUGAUCGCCUUUAAUAUAGUUUUAGCCGUUUAUAACAUAAUCACACUUCAGUCCAACACGUCCUCCAAAGCCAAUCCGUUUUUAGCCGUUUAUAACAUAAUCACACUUCAGUCCAACACGUCCUCCAAAGCCAAUCCGUGUCUCAUUGUCAUCAACACAUCCAAACACUCCACCAAUGCUCACAACUCCCUGCAAAAGGCCGACUUCGAGCCGCAGAAUGUGGCCAACCCUGAGGUGACACCCAUUAAUGGCCAACUGUUUGACACGAGAGACAAACCGAGUGAUAAAAGCGAAGACAAGCCAAACAUGAGUUCAAAUAUAAGUGAAGACAAGACUAAAAUACUUAAUGCGAGGACUCGGGCGCCGAUUUGGUGGUCGACCGAAACGCGCGGCUCGUAUACCGUUCUCAAGAACUUCAUUCCCGGCGACGAUAAGCCACAGCCGUUAGAGUCGGUGACGCUGACCACUCAGGGCACCCAUUCAUUCCUCUACCACAUCGAGAACCUGUGCCUCCGAUGGGACGGACACAUAUCGGUCGCCGUCUACGCGCCCGGCCUUGACUUCCCUCUCGUCGUCAAUCUAAUCCAUUAUCUGCGCAAAUGUCGCGACCCGUGCGUGAAGGCGAAGACGUCGUGGCAUUUGGUGUACGACACUCUCCAUAACCCGCACUCAAACGCUUCCUAUCCGGACAGUUACGUCGAAGACAUGGAUUUUGAUUGCACUCAAAGUUACUCCGAGUUGACCGAUAGGUUCAACACUACGUUCAGAAGCGAUCACUCGCUUCCGUAUCCCAUAAAUGUUGUCCGAAACGUGGCCCGACUUAACGCUCAAACCAAAUACAUAUUCGCCUCCGACAUCGAGUUAUACCCGUCGGUUGGCAUCGUCUCCGCCUUCCUUCAACUCCAAGAACGAGAAAAGUCGGGUUUAGUUCCCAUAAUCUCCGCAAAGAAUCCUCACGUUUAUGUCAUUCCAAUCUUCGAAGUCAAAGCCGGUGUCACUCCGCCGAUGAAUAAGUCAGAGCUCAGAGAUCUUAUGAAAUCAGGGAGCGCCAUAUUCUUCCAUAAGUGGGUCUGUGACUCGUGUCAGAACUUUCCCGAUAGAAAUCUGUGGAUUAACUCCAUUCCCGUUAACCACUCGUUAAACGUAUUUCGUGUGACGCGACGGCUCCGGACGCGCAAUGCGUGGGAACCGCUAUAUAUCGGCACUAACGACGAGCCACUCUAUGAUGAGAGGCUAUCAUGGGAUGGCAAGAGAGACAAAAUGUCUCAGAUGUAUGAGAUGUGUCUGAAGAGCUACGAUUUGGCCAUUUUGGACAACGCCUUCUUAGUGCACGCGCCGGGCAUUAAACACAUCGACCCCAAGGAGGAGAAGAAGAGGUUGCCGUUCAUUAAGAGGAAUAAUAUGGUCUACAAUACUAUACUCGCAAAGUUGCGCCGAAAGUAUGGCACAAAAAAUCAAUGCUAAGUAUUAAAGAGUGUUUUUUUGUACGCUCUUAUCGACAGUAUUUAUAAUGAAUUUAUUAUUUAUUUAUUUUUCUAAAUACCUAUUUUUUGUGAACUCAUGGACUCAAUUUUCUGUCAUUACUUGUUAUCAUUGCUUUAAUUUAUUUAUUUUCCAAU